GGUUACGGCGAGCUGGUGUGCGGCUCUGUCGAGCAGCUGAAGUGCAUGAUGUAGAGACGAUCAUUGAGCUGGUAAGAAGUGGGAUAAGCCCAGAAUCGAUGCUACCAGACAGAAGUUCUCUUUUGACCUACGCCCUUUGUGGGGCUGAAAGAGGACCGCAUGUCAAUCUUGUGACAGUCAUUUUGGAUCGGAAGGCGGAUCCAAAUAGAGCAGACCUUCGUGGACGAUACCCUUUGCUUUGUGCCGUCAAGACUGGCUCUGUCGAACUGGUGAAGGCUGAAGCAGUUGCCCUUUGCCAUUUCUGAGUUAUACAGUAUUACAACCAUGCUCGCACCACACCAAACAAACACUCAAGACCACAAAACAAGUUACUUAUGUAAAUGUUGAAACAUGAAUUGGUAGGCAUUGCCUGUCCCAAAGCUACCUUGACACCCUGCAACCUAUUCUCCAUUGGGCUUGAGUCAAGGAGCUUGUAGCUCACGGGGCAGAUGUCUAUGCCAGUGGCUUCACACUGGCUAGCUUGGCCGAGCAAGGAGGCAAUCUGGACAUGCUGGAGGCCACUUGUUGCUCGUCUACUUGCAGGGUGGGCAUGGGUGGCUAUUUACUUGAAUAAAAUUGUUGCUACCUGCGGAGAAUGCCUAUAAAGCAACAAAAAAAGCAUUUGCGAUGGUGGCACUGUUUCAUGCCAUGGUUCCGCAUGCUUGAGACAAAAUGCAUUUGAACACAUUUGCACUCCCCCUUUGCGCAGCCGAGAUCGGAGGGCAACCUGUUGGCACCCCAGGAGUCUUUGACGGGAUCCGGUGCAGUGUUGGCUUGUUGGAUCGCUCCGACCACUGCGUGGACCUUGGCGGAUCCGAUGAGCAUACCAAAGGUGGCCGUGUCGGCGGCAGCCUCCGCUAGGUUACCCGACAUUCCCGAGGAUACAAUAACUUGCCCUUUGCCCACUUCCACUCUUGUUGAUGAAGGUGGGCCUGAUUGAUAUUGUGAUUGACAUUGAUUGAUCCCUGCCGGCACUGGUCAAGCUGAUUUGCGCUUGGAAGUCGGCUUGCGUUCUGGGAGCUGGUCCAGCAUCAUGUUCGGGCCCGCCGCCUCCACUACCCGAUCCGUCAAACAGCACAGCGCAGCUCGAUGCUGCUCGUGGCUUGUGGCCAUAACCUUCAGCCCUGCAGUUGAAGUGCCAGUGUAGGUGUCCACUUUCCAAACCAUCGUGGCAACAGUCUUUUCGUUGUGGCGGGGGCGGCAAUGGACCUGUUGUCGUUCAUCCUGUUCAGCAGCGAACGAUUCUGCCGGACCCCCUGCAAGGUGGAGGGGAUGGCGUUUAUAUAUGUGUUGCUUGCAGUGUGUUCUGACGACCCAGACGUUGGCCACCAUCUGCCUGUCAGUUGUCCUUGCAGGUGGUCUUCUUAAACGCAGUAACGGAGUUCCUCCGAUUUGCUGUGCUUGACUACACAGGCCGUCUUAGGGAGUUCUAAAUUGCUCCAAUUCCAAAGUUGUUUCUAUGUUUUUCCUCACUCAUAUCCAUGGAGUGUGUGAGACCGCACCGUGCCUGCAAGGGGUAGUCUUCUUGUGGUUAUUAACCCUUUAGUCUGCAGGUCUUUGACAGUACAGUAGGAGAGCCGUCUGGCCAGCCUGGCUAGAAUGGGGUGGCUUGAGCCCUUGAUGAUAGUUUAGGUAAAAUCGGGUGGAUAAUUUGUCAGGUGUGUCCAAGGCUGUGGCUAAAGGUGGUCCGUUUUUGGAUUCUGAUGUUGAACCUCCUCAUGUGGGGUCAUUUUAGCCACUGCUCUGUUGAAGCCUAGCCUCACGGAAAAUCACAAGAGCCACAGACCGAAAUUGUUUUUCGUUUCUGUAAGGUGUGUUUGUUUCACUUGGAGGUUCAUUCCUUCAGGCGCUUCUUUUCCGUUCAACGAAAAAUUGGGGUAGUCUGCGGAGUGGCACAGUCCCGACAAAUUUGGGGCUUAGAUAGAAGAACUUCUAGGGCCUCAUCACGUUGGGCUGUGUCAUUUUAGCACCUGUCACCUGCCUGGCUAAGUUUAACAGAAUCAGGCUCCCUGGGGUUGAGUGCACCCAGACGGCGGCCAGCUUUCGACCACAACUUUCCCGCCCGAUUCUGGUGACCCUUAAGAUUGCGGCUUGAAGUGAUUUCGCCUUGGUUGGUGCGGUUGUGUUCGUUUCUAUUUUUUGCAAGCAGCAUAGUACCCACGAUGGCUGUGUGGUAAGGUUGACACCUGCCGUUUUCGUGUUGCAGCACGAGCAAACGAAUGCUUUGCGAUGUUUUGACUAGGUUUCAGCCAGCUUCACUUUGGUCCAUGGUCGUAGCUAGCUGUGUUUCAAUUUAGCUGAAAUUGAAGGCCACAAGCUGUUGAACAAUCAAUUUGAUGUGGAAUAAAUUCUGUUCUGCUCCAGGCCAUCGAUUUCACCAGAAUGGAUUGAUGCGUGGACUGCGUGGCAAGGAUCGCGAUAAGGAUCCUGAACAUGUCAAAAACUGGGAGGAAAAAGCAUGGGCGCUCAACAUUUAAGACCACUCAGCUGAAAAAUGCACCUUGACCUUGAUUUUUAGCUUUAGUUUUGUCGUGUUUAACAGUAAUGUGAGCUAAAGUGGCUUUGUAAGAUUUUGU